CCAUAACCCCUGAGAAUGUAUGCCUGUGCCAAGUUCGUCUCUACCCCUGCCCUUGUGAGAAGCAGCUCUCAGCUACUGAGUAGACCGUUAUCUGCAGUAGUGCUAAGACUGCCAGAGAUGCAGACAGAUGAGAACCUCAGCAUUUUGGCAGCAUCAGGUCCCUCAACCUUGAUUGUCCCCAGAUAUGGAUUCCAAACAAGCACUGCCUCAAUGGAUAUUGACACAGCAGCCAAGUUCAUUGGGGCUGGGCCUGCCACUGUAGGGGUGGCUGGUUCUGGAGCUGGGAUUGGGACUGUGUUUGGAAGUCUCAUCAUUGGUUAUGCCAGGAAUCCCUCCCUGAAGCAGCAGCUCUUCUCCUACACCAUCCUGGGCUUUGGCCUGUCUGAGGUCAUGUGGCUCUUUUGCCUGAUUGUGGCCUUCCUCAUCCUCUUUGCCAUGUCGUGA